AUAAAAGACGAGGGUGACAUAUCUCCACAGCCACGUGUCAGAUUACUCCUACUCUCAGAGCACCUUUUUGACCUCUCAGAGCACCUUUUUGACCUGUGUGUACAGAGAAACGGACUGACCAGUUUGUCACCACGAUCCUACACUCACAGACUAUGGCCACCUUCACCUCCGGGCAGUUGGCGGGAAUCAUCGUGGGCAGUAUGAUUGGGACCCUCUUCCUAGUCACAUGUAUUGUUUCGGCGGUGAAAGCAGUCAAAGACAGGAGAGAGAUAAAGGCACGCAUUGCAGAGAAGAGGAAAGCCAAAGCUUUUGCGUCGAAAUUAAAGAAAGAUGGGAAACUUCAAACUGCUGCCGAGUCUACAGCUUUGUCAAUCGAAGAUCCAGGAUACUUUGCUCGAAAUAACUUGACGAAUAACCACAGAGUGGUGAGCCAUUCGAACAGUUGUCCAGGUCGAUCUACAGCGAACGGUUCCCAUCAAGACCCCAGGGGUCGGGCGGCGGCAGAACAUGACCAUGGGAAAAGGUUCAGCGACCCCACGUACCAAAGAGGGGCUUCAAAUAAUCCGCCAUGGGGAGGUCCGACUGGUAAUGCUAGAAAAGGGCGUCAAGUGUCGGCUGACCUUCUCAAUGUGGGAGUUUACAGGUAUAAAGGAGAUUUUUCAAAUGGUGUGGAGAACGCCGCUUUUGAAAUGAAGGAAUCACCUGGAUCUCAGAACGAAGUUGUGUUGAAAGUUUCCUAAUGAAAUUACAGUUUCACCAGUGUAGCUAUGAUGUUUCUCUGCCAUCUGUUUACCUUUAAAGGCUAAAUUAGGCGGCAAGAGGAUAUGCUAAGGGAACUUGUUACACCAGGUGAAAACUGCUCGUGAUGCCAAUCGUGCCAAACCGCUCAGUUAGGAGAGCAGUUGCAGACUUUAUUUGUGUGGGACACUUUUGCCGUUUCCUUGCCACAAGAUAGCAGUUGGAAAAUGAAUGAUUUGAUGAAAACGAAGACGUAACGUGGUUUUUAAUCAACGGAAAUGUGAUGACUUGCCUGUGAUUUCCGAACCUGGUUCUAUGUAUACGACGAUAUGUGCAUGUUACUGUGACUCCAGCAUAAUGCCUACUGGUACAGCGUGGUCCACCCGUCGUUAUGUAUACCGGCAGAUGCCCCAAUGUGUCCGAAAUUUCGAUAAGCUGCUUGAUCAAGGGCACUAUGGCAAAGUCUACUAACCGCACUGUCCUUGAUUCAUGGCGUCCAAAGAGCGAAUGAAACUUACUUCCACAUUGUUGGAUGCACUUGGAACCUAUACCGGAAUCCACACCAAAGUCCAGUGAAUUAGUUGUUAUAUACAUUAAUGUUUUACCAAAACUCCAACUUUUCCCAGGUGUACAGUGUGUACAAAAUACAACAAAAUCACAGUGUUUGGUGGGUUUCCCGUGAACAUAACAUUUAUCCACGGUGCUCAAAACCAGAAUUGUUUGGCAGCAUAGGCAAAGUUGGCAAAGUCUGUGUGAUAACUGAUGUGCUUAUAGUCUGUUUGCAUUGAAACUAAAAGUGAAGAUUUAUUCAAAAUCUUCACUUGGGAGACUGGAACAUAUUUAAGGUACAUAAACACACGACUCCGGGCAGUUUCUACUUCACUUCUGUUACAGAGAGUUGUUUAGUGUCUGGGAGUGUCAUUGUAAAUGGGAAAAUUUGGAGUAUGUUGUUCAUUCCUUGCAUAGAUCUAACAAAUUCCUGUCUAUCUGUGAUUGGAAUCUUUCGAAGUAAUUUUUGUGUGAACGUACGGAACUGUGCGACAGUUUAAAUUGUAUCUGAGUCUUUCGUCGUUGAUAGUUUCGUAACAUCCUUCAAAGAGAAACGUUAAAAAUGAAGUAAGCAUCAGUGGAAAAUCCAUUAAUAAACUGUGUCUCAAAAUACCUUUACUAUUGUUGUUUUCCACUGAAUUAAAUGCAGUAAAAAUAUUUGGAAUCCAAGUUGGACUUCAUGGAAAAUAUUGUUGAUUUACGUUGUCAGUGACGUCACGCAUCUCUUUCUAUACGUUUAUGUCUUAAUCAAUUUCUUGUUACCUUUACCCACGUCAUGCGUGCCUGCAUUUAAUUCGGUAAAAACUUUUAAAAAGAAUUCAAGGUAUAGAUUCAGUUUUAAAUGGUUUAUUUACUGGUGCUUGCUUUAUUUUUAUUAUUUCAUUUCCUUUAAGGUUAGUGUAUUGGGGUUACAAAAUACUUCAGAAAUAUGCCAAUAUUUUUUAUAAUAUUUACAACAGAUUGAAAGUCUGGAGUGUAUCUGGAGGUGAUUUCUGGUCAUGUGCAUAGUUUCUAUGCGGUCUGUCAUGAAGUACGCACUUGUCUCCUGAAACCUGCACUGUACAUAUUACCUAGUACGAGGACGGGUUAGAGAAAGAGAGACACAAGCCAGUGGACCAUGUGAGAAAAGAGAUAUCUGAGAAAGGAUCAGGAGAUAUAAUGAGUGUAACGCCAUCUUGGCUGGAGACCUCACUUAAAAACACUUACUGAUUCUUUUCUAUAUAAUGAUCAACGACAAUGGCUUGAUACUGGACUUGGUACUAAAAAGGAUGGAAUCCGAAUAUUUUGUCAAGAUUGAAAGUGUACCUCAGAUUUUUGGAUUGGUCUGUGACUGAGAAAAGAAAAUUCUGAAGAUAAAAAGAUUUAGGAUUCUCUAACUUCUAGUACUCUGUAAUGCUCGGAUAAGAUGUUCCAUGUUUAUUAUUCCAUGGUGCAUUGUUAUGCAUUACUUCUAAAGUAACAAAAUAGGAGACACAGAAAUCCAAGUGUUAUAAGCUAUUUCUCUUAAUGCACCCAAUCACAGUGGUAUAUACAUACAUACAUGCACAUCUGAGCACCAGCGUGGACGAAAUAAAAGAUGCGCAUGUUCGCCUAAUUCAAUAGCAAUGCGGUGCCCUUUAAUCUAUGUCAAACACUUGUAAAUAUUUUUGUACCAAGACAUACCAAAAUGCAAAUCACACCUCGUUUCUCUUCAGAAGUAAUCCUCAUUUUCAAAAUAAAAUCAAUUGGUUGAUUAUAUGGUGUUUAAACUGUUACUGCAGUUUUUCCGCCGAGGCACACUUAGUGAACAUAUCAUUGUGUACAGGUAGUUACACAUUGUUGUGAAGCAAUGUCUAUUGUUAUGGUUUCCAUACCCAGUAGACGAA